AUGGCAAGCGGCAUCGACAAGAUUCGGUCAUUGCUGGACCUUUGCCGAAGAAGCAAGUUUGUAGAUUUUUCCUUCGAUCAGCAUGUAGUGCAAAAUCUGCGUUUCGCACCGAUAGGCCAGAUGUUGAUGAACAAUUUGCGUCAACAGUUACAACAACAGUUUACGUUAGAAGCCGGAGUUGCGAUUGGCCAGCAAAGAAUAUCCAUGUUAACCGGUGACGGUGGCAUGACUCUGGGUGAAAACUUACAACAUCUACUGAGAAGCCAGCGUCCACCAAUCACGGUACCAUUGGGAAUAACCGUGGAACAAUGUGCUAACACCUGUAGGACCGCACUACCCUUCACCAAGUCGAUGGCCUGCCUGGAGAUUGAUAGCAAUGGUCCCGUAGUAUGCACCAGCUACCUUAUCGAACCGACGCACGCACCACAUUUCUUCCAUCAAGCGCAACGGCAACGUAAGAUCUGGUGGAUGCGACUUUCAGCAAACCCGGGACGGUACUUUAUCUCCGAUGCGCAUCGUACUGAGAGUGAUGGUUGUGAGCGGAGUGUGGUUACGCUUAGGGCACAUUUUACGGAACCCGAUAGCCCAGAGAAACCGUCUAAUGUAGUAGAGUUGGAGUGGUUGGAAUUGCUUGCCGGUGAAAGGCUGGUAAAAGAUUUCCCUAAGGUACUGCUAAAAACCAGCCUGCCGAGUGUAGUGAACAUACGCCAGCAAAUAGAUCGCAUUACUCUAGCCGUGCUCAUGGAUGCGCUGGACUCGCCAACCACCAACGGAGCCGUUCGAUUACACCGCAAAAUAGCUCCCUUCAAAUGUGCUAUUGUAAGUCGUGCAAAGGAUUCCGCUCGACAGGGUGAGUUGGACGAUCUCGCAAAGCAUAUCGCUUAUGUACUACGCAAGGCCGAUAUAUCCUUGCUCGACAACUUGUGCCCGGUACUGCCAACAGGCGCUGAUACUGCUGACCUGACUGCCGCAUUCGAUGCCUGCGGUGUGCCGUAUGUAUUCGUGCUGCGGGAUGAAUCACUCGAGACCGGCUUACUGGAAUUGCGCAGCCGUGACACAACGCUUUGCGAAACCAUCCAUCUGUCCGAUCUGCCACAUUAUUUAAUAAAGCUGGUUCGAAGCUAGAAAAA